CCACAGUGUGCGAGAAGAUCAUGGAGCUGCUGGGGCAGAACGAGGUGGAGCGGCGGCAGCGGAAGGUGCUGAUCCUCAGCCAGGACAGCUUCUACAAGAUGCUUUUGAUAACGAUUUGAUGCAUACAACCCUGAAAAAUAUUGUUGAGGGGAAAACAGUUGAGGUACCAACCUAUGACUUUGUGACACAUUCUAGGCUGGCAGAGACGACUGUGGUCUAUCCUGCUGACGUUGUUCUCUUUGAGGGGAUCCUGGUUUUCUACAACCAAGACAUUCGGGACAUGUUCCAUCUCCGGCUCUUUGUGGACACUGAUUCUGACGUCCGGCUGUCCCGCAGAGUUCUGCGCGAUAUGAAACGUGGGAGGGACCUAGAGCAAAUCCUCACCCAGUACACCACCUUCGUCAAACCUGCCUUUGAGGAAUUCUGCUUACCGACAAAGAAGUAUGCAGAUGUGAUCAUCCCCCGAGGAGUUGACAACAUGGUUGCUAUCAACCUCAUAGUGCAGCACAUUCAGGACAUCCUAAACGGAGACAUCUGCAAGUGGCAGCGAGGGGCAGUGAACGGCCACGGUCGGACCUACAAGCGCCCGUUCCCCGAGCAGACGGAGAGCAGCAGCGUGCUAGCGGCCGGCAAACGCUCCCACCUCGAGUCCAGCAGCCGCCCGCACUAACCUGCCUGUCUGAAGGAUCUGCCUCUGGUCCAGACCGACACUGAAACAACUUUGGGAAAGGACUUCGACAGAAUGGUUGGUGAAGUGCCCUUUAAAUCAUCCUAGCAGCGGAGGGGAUGCUGGUGUGAAACUUCCCGCAGAGGGCAGAGGAAGGAGUUGGCCUACUGCCCCUCUCCCCUCCAGAACCCCUCCCUUCUCUCCCUGCGAUGUCUGGAGUUAUGAUGUUACUUGAUGAACUGGUUAAAGGCAGUGCUACUUGCUUUUUUUUUUUAAUUUUCAAAAUGAGAUCUAAUGCUGAAAUCUCUCUUGAAAAUUAAGCACUACCAGGUGAUUAGCAAGAUACCCCAUUUCCCUGAUGAUGAUCUUCCUUAGCAGGAAAAUUAUCUGUCUGUUUCUUUCAAAGAAAAAAUAAUCUGUUUAUCCAAGACUAGCUCACACCCUGUUAAUUUUAACAAGCAAGUGCAGUCCUUGCUCUUCCCCACCUCACUGGCACUUUGAGCUCUGGCAGUGCUGGCCAGCCCCCUUUUUACCUGUAGUGGUAGGUGAGGGCAGAAGGAUUGACCUGUGGAGGAAUCUCUCCCCUGAGCUAGAGAUGAAACAGAGACUAUCUGGGACAAAUGGGAACUUGCAGUUCCUUGGUGGGGACAGGCCCAACAAGUGGGAUUCAGGUUCCUAAUUUAUUCCUUUCUAAGGUCCCGAACUUUGCUAUGCUGUACGAUUAUUUUUUUUGUAUCCAAAUAGUCUCCUUUACCACAGUUACUGAAUGUGUGAGCUCCAACUGGAUUGAGUUGCUCAAGGAACCUUUCAGUAUUAGUGUCUCUUAGGGCAUUUCUGUACUGCUGGUUGCAGAUUCUGCUGGGCAGAAUCCGUCCACUGCCAGAGCUGGGUGGUAAGAUCAGCAAGGGGGAAAGCUGUGAACUGCCAGACCCUCCUUCUGAUGGCACAAGCCGUGCUCUGGACAUGCUUCCACCCUCAGACAGGGUCAGAGCGCUCGCCAUUGCACUCAGGCAGUUUAAUCUCAAUGUCUGGUUUUCUGAAAAGAGCAGAUAAGAGGCUAGAAGUAUAAACAGUGACAUCCCAGUUUCUGUUGCUUACCCCAGAUAAGUGAUACUGCAGCAGUGUGAAGUUUCUGGAAAAAAAUUCUGAAAUGAAGUGCUGGUUGGGCCUUUGAAAAAUGUCCUUGUGGUAUCCGUCUUGAGUCUGGACCUGUGGUGUAAUUUUAAGAACGGACAUGGGUGGAAAUAUGAUUAACAGGAACUUUUUAAUAUUUGCUAGUUUUCUAAAACCAGGGUCUGGCUGUGUUGGUUGUGGGUGUGUUACUUUGGCUAAUAAACAAAUGAACAAACUGAGCAGAAAUGACCAUUUUAUGUAAAAGGUAUUUGUGCUACUUGCACUACAGCAGCACAGAGGUACAGAAGGGAACAAUUCUGGAGCUGCGCUUAUACUCAACAGUUGUUUCUCCCCUUAACUCAGAAUUGUUAGGUUUAGUUCUGUAACAGCUGAAGCUUUAGAGGGGAAAAAAACUUUUAAAAAUGCAGUCUGCUGUCAUCCCUGUAGUAGCCUCUUCAACACUGGAAAUGGGUAAAGGUCUGUUAUCUAUUGGUGGUCCAUCGCUGUAAUGCUGAGGAGAAAGCAGUUGGUUUCCUAACUGUUGCUGGGUGCUGGUUAGCUCAGGGUGACGGACUUAGAGUAUGAGCUACUGCACUGAAGCAUUAGCUAUCGGGGCUGAUUUAAGUAGGAGCAAAAUAGUCACUAAAACCUACUUUGAAUAACUGUAGUGUUUGAUCAUGCCUUCCUCUGGGGGUGGGUGGAGCUCAAAGCAGCCUUGAAUAGUGUUUGUUAGAGCAGUAAGGAACUCCAGUAAAAAGCGCUCUGGUUUGCCUAGGACUGUUGUUCUUGGUCAGCUUUGAGCUGUAUUGCAAGAUCCUGCUGCUGCAGCCACAUGAAAAAAA